CCGGAUUCUUAAAGUAGUAAAACGCAAGCAGCGUUUAGAUGGCAAUAAUGAAGACAUUUUUAAAAUUCCCGCAUUUCUAUAGGUCAAAUGUAAAGCUUUUGUAUCAGUUUUUAUACAGAGGCGAGUGGCAGGUGUAAGGUCAUGAACCUUGUUCAAUCCAGCUAAUUUCUUACUGAAAACUCAAUGAAAAGUUCACUUUCUCCAUUAUUACAUUAAAACUACAAUUAUUUUGUAUAUAAAAAAAUGUGCUAGUUGUUUUAAUGAAGUGCAUACAAGAAGAAACGUUUUAAUAUGGAUAUGGAGCAAAAUAUGAAAUCUGAUAUGCAAAACAUAAAGUCUGAAAUGUUGGGAGAUAAAAACAGAACUAGUGGUCCUAAUAUGUGUUUGACGGUGGAGUUGUGUGUUGUUUGUGGUGAUAGGGCAUCAGGGAGACAUUAUGGGGCAAUCUCAUGUGAAGGGUGCAAAGGCUUCUUUAAAAGGUCAAUUCGAAAGCAACUUGGAUACCAAUGCAGAGGAAAUAAAAACUGUGAAGUUACCAAGCAUCAUAGAAACCGUUGUCAAUAUUGCAGACUACAAAAAUGCCUGGCUUGUGGAAUGCGAAGUGAUUUUUCUUUCAUUUUAGCUGUCCAACAUGAAAGAAAGCCUAUUAUUGACAAAAAAGAGUACAGCAAUAACGCUGGUAAUAAUUAUAGUACAAAUUCAGUUGCUGUUAAUAAAAUUUUUAUAAGGAAAGAUUUGAAUUCUGACACUGGUCUAAUCAGCAAUCCCUUUAAUCAAUGUGAUUUGGGAUUACAAUUUUUAAAUAAACGUAUUGCCAGCGCGCCCGAGCAUUCCUUUCACCUGUCACCCUCGCAGGCUAGUAUGGAUGAUGAUAUUUCUAUGGAUAGCACAACAACAGGGACUGAAUUAUCAGAUGCCUUAUCAAUAGCUAGGGAUAAGCAAGUUAUAAAUAAAGCGUUAGAUACUGUAGCUAGGGUGCAGUGUUUAAAUGGCACAGAUAUAUCUACAUUAGCUCCAGAAGAUAAAUGUUAUGAGUUUGAUGGACCAAUCCUUCAAGAACAACAUAUUCCCUUCAAUUUACAAAUACCUGGGCCUGUGCCACCUUAUCUACACAUUCAUUACAUCUGUGAAAGUGGAUCCAGGUUAUUGGUGUUGUCUAUUCAUUGGGCCAAAAAUAUACCAGCAUUUCAUUGUUUAAAUUCUGAAACUCAAAUAAGUAUCCUCAAAGGUUGCUGGGCUGAAUUAUUUACCUUAGGACUGGCACAGUGCUCACACUCGUUGUCUCUAUCCACAAUAUUGUCAGCAUUAAUUAGUCAUCUGCAUGCCUCGAUCGCUCAAGACAAAAUGUCUGCUAAUAAAGUGAAGCAAGUAACUGAGCAUAUAGUUCGCCUACAAGAAUUUGUGAAUUCAAUGAACCGCUUGCAUGUGGAUGAACAAGAAUAUGCCUAUUUAAAAGCAAUCAGUUUAUUUUCUACAGAUCAAUUGGACCUGUUAGUGAGAAAACCAAUUGAAAAAUUACAAGAGAAAUCAUUUCAGGCGCUAAAGACUUAUAUAAAUAGUAACACACCAGAUGAUGGAGAUCGUUUUGCGAGGUUGUUACUUCGUCUCCCCCCAUUGAAAGCUCUGGAGCCUGGCAUUCUAGAGGAAAUGUUUUUUGCGGGAUUAAUAGGUCAGGUACAAGUUGAUAGUGUGAUACCUUACAUUUUACGAAUGGGUAAUUCGUUGGUGGGUUCGGGUUCUAACAGAACUGUCAAAGCGGAGAACUUAGACGAAUUUAUAUGUAAAUGAUUUCAAUUAGGUUGUUGGAUUAUAUAAUUUUCGCAGAUUGUACUUAUCAAUUUUUGGAUUUUUUUUGUACAGUGUGGUGAAAUGGUGUGAAAUUUUUAAAAAUAAUUCACGAAAGUAUUGGAAAUAAAACAGUAACUAUUCUUUGGAAUAGCAUUGAAAUUAAAAAGCUAUGAAUGUAAGCGGAGAUACGAUUUUCAAAGUUAAUUUUUGAUGAGAAAUAUUUUCUCGUUUGAGGUGAACUGCAAAUUAAAAGAAAACAACUAAAUUUUCUAGAGCAGUUCUAACAAAAAUGUAAAAAAUAAAUAAAAAUUUAAUGGUUUAUAUUCCACAAAGCAAUAGUCUUCUUUACUGUCUAGUAUAUAGUGCAAUAACUUGUUUGUGCAAUUUUUUAUCGUUAUUUAAAAAGUGAGCUAAAGGUACAAAAAGCACAUAAAAUUUGCUGAUGUAUGUGAGACUGUGAGAGUUCAAUGUCUAUUCCAAAUUAUCCAGGCGCGAAACCGAAAUAUAUUUUUUUAAAUUCGUAAUUGUGGUCUUGAUCAUAUUCCUUUCGCUAAUAAUAUUUAAUAUACGCUAUAUUUUGUUAUUUAAUUUAACUUAAAGCACUAGAGAUGAUUAUUAAUUAAAACUUAAUAUAUACAAAUACGUUAUAGCCCAACCGGAUUUCGAGCCAAACUGAUUUAUCAAAAAAAAAAGGAAACAAAAAAUAAUCCAAACUGACCAAAACCAUUUUCGUUUAGGGCAUAGCUGUUCGGCUUAGGAAGAACUAGUUUUUGGUUGGUAUUUGCCCUUUUCUGGAUAGCUUGUAAACUAAUUUGGCCUUGGACAAACUAAAUUAAAUAUUGUGAAAUAAACACUAAUAAAACAUUUAACUUUAAUUUUAAUUUGCUUAAGGAAUUUUUGUUUUGUACACUUUUGAUUUUCUUAUAUAAUUUUUUACUUUUUGCAGGGACUUUUUUGAUAUCCUUAUGCUCUUGAUUUUUACGAUUUUUGAAAAUUUUGGUUGUGUUAAAAGAAAAAUUCCAACUUAAAAAACAUCCUGUAUAAUCCCGCCCUUGAAUAAAAAGGGACAAUAGUUACUAGAAUGGCAGUGAUCUUUGACUUUUUCAAUUGAGAUUGUUUCUUUAAAUAACUACAAUUUUUUUUAUUAAUGAUCUUAAUCUAAAGGCGCAUCCAAUGAUAACCCAUACAAUUUACCAAAGAAAAUAUUUUUAAAACAUAAAAAUAUAUGGUAUAUAUGGUAAAUGUACCUCCAACUAUAUUUACACAUUCUUACCAAAAGCUUCUGUGCUGUCUUCAUAUUCAAAGACAUUGCUUUGUGUUACUUUGGUUUAAGUAAAGGACGAAAAUUGUAAUUAAUAUAUAACUUAAUACUUAGGUUUAUGUAAAUUUCUGUGUUGUGUAUUGUAAUUAUUUAUCUACUUAAUUUAACCUACUUAACAGUGAAUAGUAUUUAUUUUCGGUGCAUCGCACUAUUUUCAAUAUUGUGAUUUUGUGAUAAAAUGAAAGAAGAGGUGUGUGCCUUCCUGUUAGUCUAGAGUGACAAUAUUUUUAAAGAAGUUACACAGAUUUGGAAAAAAAAUGUAGCUUUCUAUUCUUGAAAGAUAAUAAAUAUUUUU